UACAUGACAAACGCUGCAUUUUGUGUGGCAUUUCUAAAACUACCGCGUUCGUUGUUUGUUGUUGGCACUCGUUCUACGUUGAAAAAUGCGCGCUUUCAAUGUCAUUCUAACGGUUAUAUUAUGUACGAUUCAACUGAAUUCUUUGUGCGCUAACCCCAUACAGGGACUCUUCGAUCCGAAUUGUUUUGUCGCGAAAAGUGAUUGUCCCAAUGAGAAUGUCACCUUCUGGUUGUACACAAACGCCACAGCCAACACACCCGUGCAGUUAGAUCCGCUCAAUCUACAAAAGUCCGAUUUUCCCGUACGCCGACCUGUCAAAAUACUCAUACACGGCUAUACAGGACAUCGUGACUUUGCGCCGAACACUUUUAUACGGCCAGUGCUGCUGCAACAUGAGGAUGUCUAUGUGAUCUCACCCGAUUAUGGUCCGCUCGUGCGCGAACCUUGCUAUGCCUCGGCUGUGCAAAAUCUACCGUUGGCUGCACGCUGUUUAGGACAGUUGAUUAACAAUCUCGUUGAGCAGGGUAUUGUGGAGAAUGAAGAUUUGCAUGUGAUUGGUUUCAGUUUAGGCGCACAAGUGGCGGGUCAAACAGCAAACUAUGUGAAGAAGAAGCUGCUACGCAUAACUGGACUGGAUCCUGCGAAACCCUUGUUCAUCACCGUUGGCAAUGAUCGCAAGUUGAGUAAAGACGAUGCGGAUUUUGUCGACGUCAUACAUACAGAUGUGCUCGGACGUGGCAUGAUGCAUCCGAUGGGUCAUGUGGACUUUUAUCCAAAUUUCGGCUACAUACAACCUGGUUGUGAAGUGGAGGCAGAACCCGGCAGCUGUAAUCACGAACGUGCUCCCCGCUUCUACGCCGAAUCAAUCAAUCCGAAACAAGAAUUUUGGAGUACCCGUUGCUCGAAUUGGCUUUAUUUCAUUUUAAAUAUUUGCGGCGUAGACUCGAAUGAUGGCAUGAUGGGUUAUCAUAUUGAUAAAAGCCUGACAGGCAUAUACUUUCUCAAAACAUCGAACUCCACACCAUUUGCGCUCGGCCGCAACAAAGAUAAGAUACCAGAAGUACAGCCAAAUUGGCGCGACAACUACGAUCUCGAUAUGAUGAACAAGGAGGCUUGCGAUCAGCUGCUGAUGUGCCGCUUUCUACGGCACGGCGCCGAAUACGGCACAGAUCUAGUGGAUGUACCGCCCGAUUUUAGUUAAAUGUAGCUGAAAAUAUUUCAGUGUAGCGACAAAAGGAAGUGAAUUUAAUGAGUAAAUAAUUGUUUUUUUUUUUUUAGUUUAAGUCCCCCGCACUUGUGUAAAUAUUUAUAACAAUUAGCUAUUUAAACAAUAAAAUAUUUAAGCCUUUCUCAUUA